AUGAUUCUUUUUAUAUAGAAAUAGAAAUACUUAAAACCCUAGAUCAUCCAAACAUUUUAAAAAUCUUCGAAUUUUAUGAAGAUAAUAGCCAUAUAUAUAUAAUAACUGAACUAUGUGAAGGAGUUGAACUUUUCAAUCACAUAGUAGACCAGCAAUAAUUUACCGAAAAAGUAAUAGCUGAGAUAAUAAAAUAAAUAUUAUCCUGCUUGCAAUAUGCGCAUGAGAAAAACAUUAUACACAGAGAUAUAAAACCUGAAAAUAUAAUAAUAAAUCCUUCCACAAAUAAAAUAAAGUUACUUGAUUGGGGAGCUAGUGUAUAGAAUUUAGCCGGAGGGGCUUUAACUGAAAGAGUAGGAAGCGCUUAUUAUAUUGCCCCAGAAAUUCUCUAAAAUAAAAAAUAUAAUGAAAAAGUUGAUAUGUGGUCCUUAGGUGUAGUUUUUUAUUUACUUAUUUGCGCCGAAGUGCCUUUUGAUGGGGAUAAUUAAGAUGAAAUUUUCAAAAAUAUUCUUAAAAAUAAUGUGCCUUAUACAUAGAAAAUUUGGAAUAAUGUAAGUUUAUAAUGUUAGGAUUUAUUAAAAAAAAUGCUCGAUAAAAAUCCCAAUAAUAGAAUUUCAUGUUAACAAGCUCUUUAAAGUGAAUUCUUUAAUAUUGUAGAUAUUAAGGUUGAUUCCAUUCUAUUAAAAAAUAAAUUAAAUUGUAUUAAAAACUUUUAGUAUAAAAGUAAACUAUAAAUGGCUGCAUUUUCAUUUAUUUCUUCGCAUUUAAUGUGUGAAAAAGAAAAAGAAAAAUUAGCCUCCUUAUUUUAACAUUUAGAUGUAAAUAAAGACGGAAAAUUAAGCCGAGAAGAAAUAUUGA